UGAUAACAAUAAGGAGAUUUUAAUUUAUUAUUUUUAACGUUUUUAAAAAUGUUUUUUAAUUGUUUGAACAAUUUUUUUUAAAAACAUUGCUACUUGGAAUAGAUACUGAAUCGUGUAAAACUUCGAUCCCGAAAAAUUUAGAUUUAAUACGAAUUAUUUAUUGCUAAGAUUGUUUUAAUAAAGUUUUAUUAUGAAUCACUGAUAAUCACUCGACACGCAUUAAUAGAUUUAAUAGAUGAUACAAAAAUAUUUUACGUACGGUACGAUGCAAGCGAGUCUCGCCGACAGUAAGAUUAUUGUGAUUUAGAAGCUGAGUAUGCAUACGACGUUAACCGAUAAGUUGUUCGGUCGUCGACCGCGCAAGGUUGCGUAAAUAACGCCGCCGCUCGGCAACGUUCGUAGGUAGCCAGCGCCAGCGCGGCGUAGACUGGCGUAGUCACUGGUAGUAGUGGUAGUCACGUAGGCCAUCUACGAACGUUGCCGAGCGGCGACGGACAUGACCGAGCGUCUCUAGCGGCCGCGUCGGCACUCGAGCACUUCCGCCGCCGCUCGGCAACGCUCGUAGAUGGCGUACGUGAUUGUUGAGUCGCCAUUAGUCGUCGCCGCCGCCAUGUUGCUUUGUCCUCUACUUCUACCAGUUCUACCGGUGUUUAGCGGACGCUCCGUACUUCUCGUGUUUGUAGUGUUUCUCGUGUUGAAGUUUUGUGCGAAUAUGACGUCGGGUGUGUCGAAUGUGCGUAGCAAGUAGCAAGUAGCAACCAAACGUGAGUGUCAGAAUCGUAUACAGAUUGUAUCUCAUCCGUGAAGCGGUACAAGCUCGUCGCGUCUCGUCGCUAUUUCGUGUUCGUGUAACGUUACUCGAUUCUCCGCUUGCCCCGCAAUUUUCGUUGCUUCUGAUCGGCCGCGAUCGUAUCGUUUUACUGCAACUCGUGUGUGAUAUGUUAUCCACGCAUGUUAUCAUAAAUCGUGCCGAAUAAAACGCAUUGAUGUGCGGUUCGAGAGCGACAGAGAGAUUGCCAACGAAAGACGGUUGUCGAGUUGCCACUACCGCCAUGUUACUUUGUUCUCUAAUCAUUUGUACCGGCGUCUGGCAAACGCUUCGUGCUUCUGCUGCUUCUAUUGUGUCCCUCGUGUUAAAGAUCUGUGCGGAUAUGAUAUCGGAUGUGUCGAGUGUAGUAGCGUUAGUGCCAGGAUCAUCGCAGAUCUCAUUCGUGAAGCGACGGCCUCCGUGGAGUAAUUCGGACUUUUGGCUUCAGAACUUCCGGCUUUACGACUUCCGGCUUCACGACUUCCAGCUUUAUUGGACUUUGUAGACUUCACGGAUUUCACGGAUUGUCAUUGGAGUACGCCGAAUUUCACCAAACUUCAACGAAACAUGCCGUUCAAUAUUUUAAUAUUGAAUUAUAAUGUUAAAAAUGUUUUCAUAAUAGGCAACACUUUUUGUUCAAGUGUCGCGUAAUAUGAGAUAAUAUGCUGGUUCGUACUAAAAAAUUAUUUUAAAAUAUGCAAUCGCCAGAACUAUUUUUAAAAAUGAUUGUGUAGCGUAGAUCUCUAUUAGAACUGGCAAAAACUGUUACUGGAACUGCGAUAAGUAGGAAACGCAUUUUUUCCAAGUGUCGUGGUAUGUGUAAUAUUUUAGUGUAAAAAAAUGUUAAUUGUGUGAAUUGUCUUUUGAAAUUGUAAUCAGCGAUAGAACUCUGAUAGCACUAACUAGAACUCUUGUCAAAUAUAUUAAUAGUUAUUGUUUUCUUUUACUUUAGAGGAGGAGGUGUUAGAUUCACGAAAUUAGCCCAUUUUUAUUUUUGUUUUUUUUUAGGAGGGGAGGAGGAUAAAAACUACAGAACUCUUCGUUAUUUUUAUAAGAAACUUUAAAUUUAUAAAAAGUGCCACUAGAACUUUAUGUAUUUUUUUCAUAUUAACAGAAUGUCGUACCAGCUUCAUAGAUCCCACUGAGUGUUUGUAAAUUAAUAUAUUCAAUAAAAAUUUAAUACAGAUGUUUCGAUCUUCAGUUUUGGAUCAUGUUCAGUAUAUAAACAGUAUAAAAUAAUUAAAAAAGUAGCGGUGUAAUAUAAAUUGCGCAAGCUAUGAACUAUUUCAUUCUACGUAUCGUGGCUGAUUUGUGUGAAGUAUGUUUAGGAAAUUAAUAAGUCCAGAAUCAGAAAUCAUGUAGUACAUACAUUAUGUGUGGAAGUACCGUUCAAUAAAAAGUUUUUUAAUAGUCAGAGUUAAAAAGCGUAGCUACUUGAUAGUUAAAACAGAUGAACAUAGUAACAACGGUGUGGAUGGUACAAAGAGAUAUCGAAUAGUUUUUGUACCAACCAUAUUGUUGUUACUAUAUUAAUCCGUUUUAAUUGUCAAAUAAUUACGCUUCUUAACUUUGAACUACUCAAAAACUUUUUAUUCAACGACACUUUCACAUGUACUACAUAAUUUCUGGUUCUGGACCUAUCAAUCUCCUGAAUAUACUUCACGCAAACAAUUUUUAUCAUUUUAACCAUCAUAUGUGGAAUGGAAUAGUCAAUAUCUGCACAAUUUAUCCUUAAUAUUUUAUACUAUAUAUACAUACUAAAGAUGAUACAAAACUGAGAUUUGAAAUGUC